GCUGCCCUUGACAUGGAGCGUAGGAAUUUCCACAGGGCGUCUCUGCAGUACGUAUUACUCCUGCAAGAAGUUCAAGAGAGGAAGAAGUUUGAGUUUGUUGAAACGCUCCUAGGAUUUAUGUACAGUUGGCUGACCUUUUAUCACAGUGGAUAUGAGGUCUCAGAAGAAUUUAAACCUUACAUGCAGGAGUUGCAACAAAAAAUACAGAAGACAAGGGAGAACUUUGAUUGUACUCACAAUGAGGCUGAGGUGCUUAUGCACAAGAUGAUGGAAAAACCCCAGGAGAGGAAAAGCACAGCAUGUAUGGAAGGGUAUCUUUACGCUCUGGAGAAACGAGCUAUUGGGUCUGUGUGGGUGAAAUAUUAUUGUCAAUACAUCCGAGAAUCAAAGGCUUUUAUCAUGAGAGGCUACACACAAGCCCUUACAAAAGUGACAACCACAGACACACUAUCUGUGACCACUUGCACAAGACGAAUGACUGAGUCAAUUGAGAAGAGGUUCUGCUUUGAUAUUACGGUCAGAGAAAGGCCAAACGUGAUCACUUUACAAGCCAUUUCAGAAAAUGAACGAAAUCUAUGGAUGGAAGCCAUGGGUGGAAAAGAACCAGUUUAUUGCAAUCCAAAUGUUUCUAAGUCUGACGAUAGCUUGUUGAACGACGUAGGGUUUAAUUUUAUCCGUAAAUGCAUAGAAGCAAUUGAGAGUAGAGGCCUUGAGGAUCAAGGAUUGUAUCGUGUGGUUGGCGUCAGCUCAAAAGUGCAAAAACUCACAUCUCUCUGUUUAGACAGAAGGAAAGGAGCCAGUGUAAACCUGUCCAACUCAGGAGAAUUUGAGAUCAAGACCAUAACAAGCGCACUUAAGAAUUACUUUAGGAAUCUACCUGAGCCUCUUAUGACAUUUAGGUUACAUUAUAAGUUCACAGCAGCAGCGAAAAAAGAAUCAAAGACCUUGCGGUUCAACGAUGUUCACAAGCUGGUUCAUGAAUUGCCUGAAUCUAACUUUGAAAUGCUAGCCAUUCUUAUGAAACAUUUACACAAGGUUUCGGAACUUCAUGAGAAGAACAAGAUGACUGUAUCCAACUUAGGAGUGUGUUUUGGUCCGACGCUGAUGAGACCUGAGGAAGAGACCAUGGCCGCUAUUAUGGACAUCAAAUUCUCAAACAUUGUCGUGGAAAUACUCAUUGCUAACUAUGAGAAAAUUUUCAAGAGUUCACCAGAUGAAAAGGAUGUUACCUUCGUAAACAAAUCUGCGCUAUCUCAAGGGUCGCCUCGGCCGCACACCGGUAGCCUUCCAUCACAGCCUUCCGCAACAUUCCAAGACCAACAGUCAGAUUUCCGCAAGACGGCCAAAUCCCUACCGCCGACAUCCGAGUCCCCGCGGCGGCAAGAAGGAAGCAACUCGCUGCAAUCGGAGCUGUUGAACGAGAUUGAUUCACAGCUGCAGGAGAGAGGCUUGUUCGUGAAGAGCCCAAUAAUACCACAGAAUAAAGGAGGGCGCCCCAAGCCGAUGUAUUCUGAUGAUCCACUGUACAGCUCCAGCAGUAGCACCGAGUCCAUUAGUUCACGCUCUUCAUUGUCAACUCAUUCCUCCAACUCUUCUCCGCCCUCAAAUAAGAAGAGCUCCAAUUCCUUAAGUACGGUUUUCUGGAGGUCAAUACAGAUGAGGAAGUACCCUAAGUAUCACACUUACCAUGGCAAGCAAAAAGACAAAACAAGAUAUAGGAAUGCACAGCUGAUCAAAUUGUUAAAAGGCGAAAACGAAUUCAAUGAAAAAGGCCCUUUCUAUGCACAGACUCACAACUACUUGUAUCCCGUACGCCCACAAAUAAGGUAUCCACUUCCGAAAGGAGGAUCAUCGCAAGACCAGCCACCGCAGUCGCCUGUAGCGGAGAAGCGUUCGCCUCGCUCUAAGCGUUCUUCUUGCGAGAUUGUUCGUUUAGAUUCAGUUCCUUCUGAAAAAACACUUCGGAAACGCCGCACAAGCAGUCAACCACCACUAGCGACAACGGAUGAAACUGCGUUGCAUCCACCAGCGAGCAACUUAGUAGGUGUACGACCUUUCUCAUCAACCCUGAGCUUUUGGAAAAAACAACAGAGAGAGACUCAAGACCUGCAGCAGGUGAGAACAAAAGGUCAAGGAGGAGGGGGCAUUACCAACUUCGGCAAUGGAAGCACAUCUACUUCGGGGUCAAGUACCAAUGCAUCGGUAGGUGGCUCACCUUCCAUGCCACCCAGUAGCAAGCCUGCCAGCGGUAACCCUUCACCCCUAAGUAACAGGGAUGGUAGAUUUCCACAUCCGAGGAGUAAUACGAACCCUGUCGCACUUCGUGGCAAUGCUACCAAUAGAAACAGAAGCGCCCCGUGUGAUUGUUUGAGGAGACAGACACAUUGGGGGCGCUGUGUCAGGACUUUGUACGCUUGUGAGGCAGAGAAUGAAUCUGAAUUGUCAUUUAACCCAAAUCAAGUCAUUUUUAAUGUCCAUUCUUCAAAAGAACCAGGAUGGCUGUUGGGAACAACUGAAAAUGGCAGAACAGGGCUUAUACCAGAGAACUAUGUACAAGACUUUGUUGCCUCUGACAUUGCAUUCGUACCUCCCGACAAAAACAUACAUCAGGAAAAGAGCCCCCAUACCCCUAAGGGCACAAAGAUUUAGCAUUGAUUGAAAGGACAUAAGAGUGUUCUAAUUCACUUUUCAAGAUGUGAUGUUCAUGUUCUUGUGUAUGCAUAGCCAGGUGUUCUUGUGGGCACAGUUCCAGGUGUUCUGGAGGACACAUGGCCAGGUGUUCGUGUUGCACAUGGCCAGGUGUUUCUGUUAGAUCCUUUGAAUAUUUAUACAUCUGAACAUUUAUCCAAGCUCUCGGCCUAAAAAUGUUUGGUAAGAGAUUUAAAAGCUAAAUGCACGAAAGGUAAUAUAACUCAAGUAUAUAAACAUUACCAUUCGAUGUCACAGCCUGUUGUCAUGCUAUUAAUGUUUUUUCAUCUAACUCCAUUUUAUGAAGAGUAGUAGUAGUACUAAAAAUGGGCAGAUGUUCUGCCUUUUACCCUAUGCUCUGAAAAUGUUGAGGUUUUUUGGCUCGCUAUCUUAUUAUGCAUAUGUAAGCUCCUAAGCAAAGGAGGAAGCAGUAAUCGUCAACAAACAAAAUUGAAUGUGGAUGACACAAAAUAGAUAGUAAAUAAAUUAGUAGUUACCAAAUUGUAAGUACAGCUAAACAGCAAAAUUAUCUUUCUAUUGAUGAAACUAUAAUUUUUUGCAGUACUGAAGUGUUGUUUUGUAUGCUAAUUUGCUGAUUAGCAUAUUGUUAAAAGAUACACUGUAUGCUGUAUACUGUUCACCUGGUAUGUAGGCCUAUGUUAAUGUGGAUGUACCAUAGGGAAUGCACAAUGAAAAUUUUGAAAUGUUGAUUUGUUUUAUGUGGUAUUGCACACUGAUGGGCUGGAUUAAAAAAAAAACAAACUUGUACUAAUUAUAUAUAUGUUUCAGCAAUUCUGUUUUGAUGUAUUAAUUAUUGUGCCAGGAGGGGCACCUUUAUUAUCGUAUUCGCAUUAUUUUUAUUCAUAAGCUAUUCCAAAAUUUAAAGAUUUGUAAGAUUUUUUUUCCUGUUAUUACUAGCAAUUUUCUCACAUCUGUUUGAUCUUGUGUUGGGAGUUUUGCAUAGAGUUAAUACCUGAAAUACAUUAAAAAUAAUACAAAUGUAAUAUUUUACAAUUAAGCUAUUGAAGGAUUUAUGGCUGGUAUAACAUCUUAUAUAUUAUAUGGUUGUUAGUUUUCCCACCGACAGAUAAUGCAAAAUUGAAGAGGGGGCUCAGGAGCCUGAAUAUCAUAUGCAAAUAACUGUUGUGAACAAGAGAUACUACUGUGAACUUUGAUCUUGCUAUUUUAGAAGUUGCUAGUUGGCUUGGCGGAAUAUUUUUAUAUUAAAAUUAGGUGGUCAGGUGUGUAGGCUGUUUCAUCCUGAGGUGUGCG